AUGGCGCCUAAUAAGGUUUUUAACGUAGCAGUCUUCUUCGUUGUCUUCAGAGAAUGUCUGGAAGCGGUGAUCAUCGUAUCCGUUCUGCUGUCGUUUUUAAGACAGGCUAUCGGUGAGAAAGACUGGAAUUUGUAUAAGAGACUGAGGAAACAGGUUUGGGUCGGUGUUGCUCUUGGAUUUACGGUUUGUCUGGCAAUCGGUGGUGGGUUCAUUGGUGCGUACUACUCGCUGCAGAAUGAUAUCUUUGGCUCUGCCGAGGACUUGUGGGAAGGUAUCUUCUGCAUGAUCGCUACCGUGAUGAUCAGUAUGAUGGGUAUUCCGAUGUUGAGAAUGAACAAAAUGCAGGGCAAAUGGAGGGCCAAGAUCGCCAGAUCCUUAGUCGAGAUUCCUCAGCGUAAGCGCGAUUAUUUCAGAUUGGGCUACCUCGGUAGAAGAUACGCUAUGUUCCUGUUGCCGUUCAUUACUGUGUUGAGAGAAGGUUUGGAAGGCGUGGUGUUUGUUGCUGGUGCAGGUAUCACCACGCAAGGUUCACACGCCAGCGCUUAUCCAUUGCCGGUGUUUGUCGGGUUGCUUGCCGGUGGCUUGGUCGGUUUCCUACUGUACUACGGUGCCUCGAGAUCCUCUUUGCAAGUGUUCCUGGUCGUUUCCACCUGCAUCCUGUACCUGAUCGCCGCCGGUCUUUUCUCCAGGGGUGCUUGGUUCUUUGAGAACUACAGAUUUAACAAAGCCACUGGCGGUGAUGCGAGCGAAAGCGGCGAUGGUAACGGUUCGUACAACAUCAAGAAGGCCGUUUACCACAUCAAUUGCUGCAAUCCUGAGCUGGACAAUGGCUGGGAUAUCUUCAACGCGCUACUGGGAUGGCAAAACACGGGUUACCUAUCCUCCAUGCUUUGUUACAACAUCUACUGGUUGGUCUUGAUAAUUGUCGUGUCGCUUAUGAUGUAUGAGGAGAGGACAGGCCAUUUGCCAUUCUGCAAAUCUUUGAAAUUGCGACAGUUAAACCCAGGCUACUGGAUCAAAAACAAGAAGAAGAAUGAGUUGACCCCCGAGCAAAGGGAAGAGCUAUUCAACAAGAUGGAAAACCUGACGUUCGAUGACAACGGCGUAAUAGCUGAAAAUCAACCGCCAGUCGAAAGCGACAGCAGCAAAAACAAGCUAGAUGGUCACGUCCACGAAGUUACAGUAAUUUCAUAG